UCCUAUUGUAACAAACAUAAUGUUUCAUGAGAUCCCCAAAAUGCUGUAAGUACUUUGCCACAGGUUCUGGGAUGGAGGUCCAGUGUGUCUGGAUUCCUGCCAGGAAGAACUUGCUCACAUCAGGCUCACAACAGGUCAAAGACCAAAACCGAAAAAAAUGAACAAAAACUCAUAUGUACUGCAAAAAACUUCCUUGCAGGAGGAGAAAAUAGAAAGUUUGCUCAGAAGGCAAGAGGAGGUACGGGAUCUCUUGUUUCAGCUCCUCCAAAGCUGCAGCCAUGAAGAACUUCAUGAGCCAUCGUCUAACCUGCUCCUCGGGGAAGCUGAGAAACAACAAGAAUCCAUGCAGACAGGUGUCCGAGACCCACUGAGGCAGCUGUUUCUUUUUGCCAUGACGGUAACAAAGUCUUGCCUGAAGGAGAAGCGGGGAGUGGUGACUUGGGGCGACUGUGCUGUGCGACUCCUCGUACAAGUACAGCUCAAGCAGGAACUGGAGCUAAGAGAGCUUGUUAUGGAAAUGGCUCAGGAACUGGAGAAUAAACCACAAAGUGGCCAUUGCAGAACUUCUUUAGAAGGGCAAGAUGCUGUUACAGAUCUUAUUAAAUCACUGCAGCCUCUUACACAAAGAGAGAAGCUCACACUAAAAAAGUUUAGCACAGAGAUUGUACCUUGUUUUGAAGGGGAUGGUUUUAAUCAAGAAAAGGAAGUUGUCACAGAGGAACCAUGUGAAGAAAAACAAACCAAUCAAAAUAAAAACUUUCUACAUAAGAAUAUAAAAGGCAAAGGAGAGGAGGACAGACAUAAUGAGUUUGAAGAUCCAAAGAUACACAAAGUAAUUUCUAAUUUUGGAGAAUCCACAUCAAACCAAGGAGAGUUGACCAUUAGAGAUAACUCUUACAAACAGGCUGAGGAGGCUUGUACUGAUGGCAAACUCCUCUAUUAUGAUCAUACACGUGCAGAAAUGCAUUCCUCAACACUGAGAGAAAAUAACAAGCAAGUAGAUCUUGUGAUUAUGAAAGAGGUAAUAAAAAGAGACAGUCAUGUCCCAGAGGAGGACUUAAAAGAAAAGCAAGUUGUUUUCAUUGGGAAAGCAGAGGAAGCUGAUGAAGAAAACCUAUCUACUGAAAGGGUACAAACUAGAAGUGACAGAGACAAGCUAACACAGACUGAGGAACAAACAGUGGCAGAGUGCCCUGUACAGGGACCCGAAAACCUCGAAAUGGCAUCUGGAAAUGUUGAUGAGAGACCAGCUGAAAUGAAUAUUUGCAAUCAGGGGUCCCCAGAUGAUUUGACAGCGUCAGUAAUGGAAGCCACAGAGAACCUGAUUUCAAGUCUAUUGUUGUUAAAAGCAAAAGUGGAACAGGUAUAUACUAUAAGAGGUACCAAAGAAGAUGUACCUCCCAGACUCAGAGAGAAAUGUGCUGAACUAUAUAAAGCAACUGCAGCUGACCAUCAGAGAACAGAGAUUUUAUGCAGUGACACAGAGUUUGUGAGCAGGGACGCAUCAAAAGAUAUCCUGGAUACAUGUGUUGUUGGAGUAAAAAAGGACAAUGUAUUAUCUGAAGAGGCAGGUGACUACCCAACUCAGACAGAAGCUGAUCUUGCAAAAGUAGAGGAAAUACAGAGAAUCAAUGUAACAAACACAAGUUCUAAUGCAAAUAAAGGUAACAAGGAAGAAGAAAACAUGGCUCAACAUGAAAAGGAAGACAAAGCUGAGAAAGACCAAGAAAAAACACAGAAAAUAGAUCUUUGUGGACAAGGAGACCUUUAUGAUGUUAUUAAUAAUGAUAAAGACACUGUAACGGUAUCCUGUGAGAAUACAGCAGAAGGCAUCAGUGUAAUUACAGAGAAAGGGGAUAAAGAUUUCCUCCCUACACAGAACCCUUUGAGUCAGUUAGCUGCCAUAGUCAUGGAAGCUGCCGAGAGUCUCAUUGAAAAUCUGAUAUCUCUGAAAGAUGAAGUGAGCAGAACUUCUAAAUCACAUGCAUCAGAGGCCAAGAUGCCAGAACUUGGCAAGAAUGACAUGCACCUAGAGACAACACAGAAUGAACACAACUCAACUCAUUUGGAAAUGACAGGCAACCCUAAUCCAUCUGCAACAGAAAAAGCUGCAAGAGGAAAAGAGAAAUGCAGUAAAGAAGAUCAAAGCUUGCAAAAUCCAGGUACCAAGAAUUCUGGAGAAGGGGAUGGUCCUGAAGCUGCUCAGGAUAGCACGGAGGGGAUAACUAGAGAGGUCUCAUGGGAGUUGCAUCCUGACUGUUCCAAGGGAUGCAGUCAUGCCAGGUUGUGGGAGUCAGACCAAAACACUGUGAAUAAUUUUACUACAGAACAGCAAGGAGGAUCGCAGACCAAUGAGAUAGAGCACACUCAUACACAGAAAGAGGAGGAAGGAGAGAGCUGUCACAUGAUAAAAAAGGAACAAACAACAUAUGAUCUUUCUGUGGAGAUAAGUAAAAGUAAUGAUGACCAUAAGCAAGUUCUCACUACCAUCCAAGGUAGUAAGGAAUCUAAGGAAAAAGGCUGUUUGACACUAAAGGAAUAUGAGGAGACACAUGCAACAACCACACAACUAUUGAACAACCUUUCAGAAGAAAGGGUCAUUGAUGAGGGCCCUUCUGAUACACUUGCCAUGUCUUUUUUGGAGGCAGCUGAAAAUCUCAUUGGUGGGCUCAUUCCUGGUCAAGAGGAAAUUGGUCUCUCUUCUGUAAGGAGAGUAGUUGUCAUUGUGACAGACAGAGCUGUGGUUGAUGGGGAUUUUUUGUCAAGCCAGGAGAUGUCAGAAGAGAGUGGGACAGCGAGCACCCAGGAAGUCUCUUCCAGUGGGGAAUCCCAGGCCCCCUUUCUGCCCAAAGAGAAUUGUGGAAAAAAUGACACCAGCCUUAUCCCAGCAACCAAUGAGGUGGAGAAUCCAUGGGAGUUACACACAGACUGUUUGCUGAGUGGGAAUCACUCUCACAUUUUGGACAAGGGACAUUCUGUGGAACCUUGUGUAGGAGAACCAAACGAAGGAGGACAGACUCCUGCACAAAUCAUAGAUGGAGUAGAGAAUCGGAAUUGUGACAAAGCAGACUGUAUUAGUAAAGUACAGCCAACUAAUCUGGUAUCACAGUACAGAGAUGGAUCUCAGUGUAAGGAAGACGAUUCAGAUCCACAUUUACACAAUGAAUGCAAAACUAUGAGAGACAGACAACAUAAUGAUGAAGAACAAGAAACUGAGACCUGUGAGCAAAAUGAAAAUUCAGACUCCAGAAGAAAAACAAUUAGUGAAGAUGUAGGACUCUCUGCACAAAAAGUGGAUAUAAAAGAAAGAAGAAAGACGCUGGUUCAUAAAGAAGAUGGAAAUAGUCAAGAUGGAUCUCUGAUACCAAUAAAACAGAAGAACACAGAUGAAAGUCCUCAACACACAACAACAAACCAAUAUGGGAAAAUAGACUGCAAAGCUGAAGGCGAUGGAGAAAAGGAAGAUUAUGCAAAGCAUGAGACAAAACAAGAAGAGAGACUGUCAACAGGAAUUAAAAGCGAUGAGACCAAACAUAAAAAUCUCAAGGGGGGGCAGGCUUCAGUAUCACAAGAACGCAGACAACACUCUAUGCCAGAAGACCAAACAAAUACUUGGAGGGUGCAAGAAUCAACAUUUAGAGAACAACUGAAAAAAGGGAGAUCUUGGGAAGGCACAGCAGAGAGGCACAAGAAUGUGUCAAUUAAUGAUGGACAACAAGAACUAAAAAUAGAUCUGCCAAUUAAAGAACAGGGGCACAUAUUAAAGGAAAAGGAAGAGCAUUCUGCCAUAUUAGAGGAGAGAAAGCAGUCUACAAGAAGAAAGGAAGACAAUGCAACUAUAACUGAUAAGGAAGGAAGCUGCCAUGCACUAACUGAUGAUUACUCUGCACAGUACAAUGAUAUACCUGUAGCUCAUAUAGAAGGGAACCAAAGUGCAUUCAAACAAGUGGGAGAAGAGUCUGCAGAUAUAGGGAAGGACCACCCUCAGUUAAACCAUGGCAACCAACAGCCAGCUAAGAUAACCAGAGAGAACACGGAGUCACCUGAUGAUCUGGCUACAGCUGUUCUAGAAGCCACUGAGAGCCUUAUAGGAGGCCUUCUUUCUCUUAAGGACAAGGUGGGCAGAGCAUCUGAGAGGCAAAAGAGGAAAAAAAGCUCCAAUCGGGAUGAACAGCCAGCACCCAAAGAGAAGGUCACUUUAGAAGUUGGGCACAGUAUACUACAGAGCUCUCAAGAAUUAGCUGCAUUCUAUGCUGUCUCAUCCUCAUUUGAACAAUGCAAGACUGCUCUCUCUGCACGUUCAGCUUUACAGAGUGAAGCAAGUGGUCAGAACAAUAUGGAAGUGCAGCCAGGCCAAAUAGUGCAAAAGGUUACAGAGAAUAAUGAAGAAUGUAAGAGUCUCAAGAAUAGGUGGAAAUCUUUGACUGAGCAACAUCUAAGAAAACUGUAUAUGCUUGAGGCCCUUUCUUCUAAAACAAUACACAUGCAAAUGGAAGAGGGCCCAGCGAGUGAAGUGCUAUACAAUAAGAAAGAACAGAUGGGAGAGACAGUGCAGAGUAUGUUGGACCAAAGUUUCUCAAGGGAUGGAACAAUGAAUCAUGCUGGAAAUACCACAUCAGAAAAGAAAGAAAAUGAAUCUGAAGUACUUGGAAAUAGCAAAUACUUUGCUGUGCACAUGCAGAAUGCCUUCAAUAGAGAUGAUGCAAUGGUAGAAAGACCAGAGAUAUGUUUAAAUACAGAUCUAGCAAAGCAAAUUCAGGGAAAAGCUAAGUCUGUUUCUGAGUUGAAAGAUAAAUCAUGUCAAGACAAGGAGCCUGGUAUUUAUGGGGAUGAAUUCGAAGAAGUAAAAGAAGCUAAAGAAGAUGUUCCUGAAAAUGCAGAGGCUGGUGAGAUGGGAGUGGAACAUCAAGAUACAGAAUCCCUCACUAGUCUCAACAAUUUGUCAAACAUAUCUAGAGAAUUGUCCAGGGAGAGUCAACCCUCAUGUAGUAUGAGUGUCAGUCAUUCACAUGUGUGGGCAAAGGAAGCUAUAGGACAUCCCCAGAACAAAUGGAAAUCUAUUGUGAUGAAUAAAAUCAAGGAAAAGGUAUUAUCUGAAUAUCACUUAAGGAAGACUCAUGAGAUCAUUGCGUGCCAAGAUGAAAUUAAAUGGCAACAAAAUUCUAACAACGAUGGUAUAAACCAGGACAAGGAGGCGGAGAAAGUGACAGGAGAAAGUAAUCUUGGGGAACCAAAUGCUUGCGCUGUGAAGAAAGCAAAAAUGGUGUUUGAAAAUCUGGAGGGGGAAAAAUGUGAUAAAAGCAUGUCCAAGGCUCAAAGAGACAGUGCUGAAAAAAGAAGUCCUUGCACUGGGAGAACAGGAAAUCUUCUGGCAGAGAAGUCAGAUAAAGAACACAGUAAGAAAGAAAAGUCAAGUGAAGGAAUUAUCAAAGAAGAAUGGAUUACAUCAGAUAAAAAGGACACAAAUCGAGAAAAAAAAGGAAGUGAGAGCAAUUUAUCAGGUUGUAAUGAACCUCUUACAUUCAGUAAACACUAUAUGGAGGUUAGAGAAAACAGACAGGAGGACUGGCACAAUGCAGAUGAACAUAACAGAAAAGGUAUGGUAGUCGAAGGAUAUGAAGGGAAAGAGGAGAUUAAAGAAAUCAGUGAAGAGGACAGCAAAACUUUUCAUGACCACCUGUCCGAGACAUUAUCCACAUAUAACUCUGCAAAAGAAACAGUGGAGGAGAAACAAAGGGAUUCUUCAGACAUCUCACAGGGGCGGAGUUCAUGGCACAAGAUCUGGCAGGCAACUAGCCAAAAACUGGCUCUAGCGGCAAUUGGUGACCAAUUUCCUAAUACUUUCUUAAACCAAAUGACACAUUUACCAGCAAAUGGAACCCUAAUGAGGAAAGAGGCACACCUGUCUCACCCUCUUCAUACAUACGAACAGCAAAGUGCGGUUUUUGGAAGAGCCUACCCACAAGACAAAGCAAUCCUGCGUUCUUUUGAGAAACAUGGUCAGCAGCAAGGUGCAGUGGGAGGAUUUACUACUCGGGCAUGCUCCCUGCCAUCCAGUCAGUCUGUACUUCAGCGGGAGAAGGUAUUUAUCCAUUUGUCUGUGAGGGAGCAGGAGACUAUGAAGAGACUGACGGAUCUGCAAAGGGAGGCAGAGAUAAAAUGUGCAAGUGACAGGAGAAGGCAGAUGCUGAGAUUUCAAGAAAGGCUCUCCAUUGCCCGUAACAGAAAAUCCGAGGAGGAUCUUCUGGCAGCCUCUCAGAAAGGAUCUCCCCAACUAUCUCCAGAACCACUGCCGCAGGGUGACGCAGAGCAGCAGAAGACUGCAGUAAAAGAGCAUCUACAGAAAAUGAAAAGAGAGCGCACAUACAUUAUGCAAACCAAGAGAGACAGGAACACAACCAGCUUCAGAGAGCUGCUGAAUCCAGUGCUGACAAAGAAUGAGCGAGAAGAUGGGAGUAUGGGUCUGAGAGGGGCAGAAGGGUUGUGAGGGAUUGAAGAGUAUGCUAUAGGUGUGGAAUGACUGAGUUAUGGAUGUAAAAAGGUUUUGCCUUGAUAUGCCUAAAGCAGUUUUGUGGUAAAUACGAAUGAUUCAAUAAAAGCAGGUAUCACCAGAAACAGUUUUUUUAUUUAAUUGGUUAUUUUAUUGGUUUAAAAUGUUCUAAAAUUUCAAUUUUGUUUCAAAGCAUCCUGCAAGAUGAAUAACAUAUUACC